AUGUUAUCAUCGAAGUCAAACGAUAUGAAAUCUUCAUUGCAGAUAAAGAAGAAGGAGAAAGAAAGGUCGAAAGCUAAAAUUUAUAAAAGGAAAGUGCCGCACGAAGCAAUUAGACUUUUUGGCAAAGAAUUCCAAUUAAAAUUAUGUGAAUUGCUUUGUAGUGAUGGUUUGAAGGCUAUCGAUGAAUUAAAGGCAAUACACGGUGAACUUAUAAGUUUUUACAAUGAACAUAAUUUGACAGAGAUGUGGAUACCUGACCAAUUUGAUUAUGAUGAUGAUAAUGAUAAUGACAGCGAUAUGAAAGAAAUAAAAGCACCGUUAUCGAGAAGGUUGCAUCAUGAUGCAAAAAUCGAUGCUCGUCCUAUUGGUAUUGCACGAAAGAGUCAGGCUGAGGAUAAAUAUAAGCAGUCACAGAUACAGCUUCCUGCUAGUAUUGUUUCAGCAAAUAUUCUUUUUGAACUCAGUGACGACUCUGAUGAUGAGUUCUCUAAUGCGAUAUCCUCCGCUUCAAAAAUUUAUAAAGUUUGCUUCUAA